CGACACGUGCACGGUGUGCAGUAGAGAGCUGAAGGAAAAAGCAUCAGCUGAAGUUCAGCUUUCACACACCAUCGUGUGGUCUUUAUUUUUCUUUGUCCAGGGAAGGCUUUGCCAACAAAGCGGUCAAAAUGGUGAAGCCUCGGUUCAAGGGGAAAAGCUCGAUAAACCCCUCGUCGUCCAGCAGCAACCCCGAUCGAGUCAAAGGGGCUGGUGGAAACAACAUGAGGGACCGAGCCACCAUCAAGCGUCUCAAUAUGUACAGACAAAAGCAGAGAUGUAAUAACCGUGGAAAAGUCAUCAAACCUUUGCAGUACCAGUCCACAGUGGCUCCAGGGACUGUAGCCAGAGUUGAACCGAACAUCAAAUGGUUUGCAAACACCCGUGUGAUCAAACAGUCGUCCCUCCAGAAGUUCCAGGACGAGAUGGGAGCAGUACAGAAAGAUCCAUAUCGUGUGGUGAUGAGGCAAAGCAAACUCCCCAUGUCCCUCUUGCAUGAUAGGGUCAAAGCCCAUAACUCCAAGGUGCACAUUCUAGACACGGAGGGCUUUGAGACCACGUUUGGGCCCAAAGCUCAGAGGAAGAGGCCCAGUCUCAUGGUGGGCGAUGUGAAGGACCUCAUAGAGCAGGCUGAGGCCUCAGCCCAGACCUACAAUGCAGACAACGACAAAGACCUGAUGACCGAGGACACAGGAGUCCGGGAGGAAGCCCGUGAGGAAAUCUUCAAAAAGGGUCAGUCCAAGAGGAUCUGGGGGGAACUUUACAAGGUAAUUGACUCAUCUGAUGUCAUCAUCCAAGUGCUGGAUGCACGUGAUCCCAUGGGAACACGCUCCAAGAGCAUAGAGACAUACUUAAAGAAGGAGAAACCCUGGAAACAUCUCAUCUUUGUUCUAAACAAGUGUGACCUCAUCCCCACCUGGGUCACGAAACGGUGGGUAGCUGUUUUGUCCCAAGAGUACCCCACUCUGGCUUUCCAUGCCAGCCUCACCAACUCGUUUGGUAAGGGCUCCCUCAUCCAGCUGCUCAGGCAGUUUGGCAAGCUCCACACAGACAAGAAACAGAUAAGUGUGGGUUUCAUUGGCUAUCCUAAUGUGGGAAAGAGCUCAGUCAUCAACACACUGCGCUCUAAGAAGGUCUGCAAUGUGGCACCCCUUGCUGGAGAAACAAAGGUGUGGCAGUACAUCACUUUGAUGAGGCGCAUCUUCCUCAUUGACUGCCCCGGUGUUGUCUACCCUUCAGAAGACAGUGAAUCUGAUAUUGUCUUGAAAGGAGUGGUUCAAGUGGAGAAGAUCAGGAACCCAGAGGAGCACAUUGGGGCCGUACUGGAGCGGGCCAAGCCAGAAUACAUUCAGAAGACCUACCGCAUCCCCACCUGGAACUCUGCUGAAGACUUUUUGGAGAAGCUUGCAUUUCGUACUGGGAAACUUCUGAAGGGCGGUGAGCCAGAUCUGACUGCGGUCUCCAAGAUGGUGUUGAAUGACUGGCAGAGAGGACGUAUCCCCUUCUUUGUGAAACCCCCUGGACCUGACGGGGAUCAAGAUGACAAGGAGCCAUUGGCAGUUGAAGGACCCCCAGAGGUAGUCGAGAAUGUGCAGGAGGAACAGCCAGACAACCCGGAUGCCAUCUCAGAGGAACACGAGGAACAGCAGCUGAGACAGAAGGAGCAGGUCCAGAAGAUUCUGGCUAAUGUGCGACAGAACUUUGGCAAGAUCUAUGUGGCACCCGAGUUUAACGAGGAAGACUUGGUUCCUGUGGAGAUGCCUGACCUGGAUAUGUCUGACUUCUCUGGCUCUGAUGGCGAGGAAGACAGUGAGGAAGAGGAGGGUGAAGAGGAAGACGGGACUAACAUUGAACCAGCCGAUGGAGAGCCUGAGGAAUCCGAGUCCACAACCGUUCAGACUGGCAAGGCAAACGACAACAAGAGUUCACGCGAGGUGAUUCGGGAGCUGGAUGAGAAGAUCUCCAAGUACAAGCAGUUCCUGGACCGAGCCAAAUCCAAACGCUUCUCUGCAAUCCGGAUACCUAAGGCACUUUCUGACAAAGCGUUCACAGACAUCAAGACUAAACAAGCGGCAGCAGCAAAGCAAGCACAGAAUAAAGCUGCAAACCAGAGGAGCAAGAAGAGAAAAGCUGAGGACGAGGAGUCCACACAGACACGCAGACUGACGUCUAAACAGAGAAGGGCGAUGGACCGCGCUCAGAGGACGAAGAAAGUUGGCGCGCGCUAUUACGAAACACAUAAUGUGAAAAACAAGAACAAGAACAGAAAGGCCCCAGCAUCAGCCACACAAGGCCAAAAGGCCAAACGAUCAAAGCACUAGACUGGAGUCGUAAAACACAACAUAUGCAAUAAAUCUUUAUUUAAAUUUGCCAAAACGGCCACGUUUUGCCAGGAUGGAAUGCUAAGUAAGUGUUAAAUGGUCUUGAAUGACUACUUCAUGCCUUAUCUUGACUGUUUGUAUCUUGCCUUUUCAAGUUUCUUUGACCCGUCAACCCAGAGCUGUUUUUGAAUGACAAUUCAUUCAUCUUUUACAGAUGUAAUGCUCUCUUAAUGUUCAAGAGAAAUGUACAGUAAUUGAUUGAACUGUACUUGUCAUGCCAUGCUGUUGAAAUAAAAUAAAAUAUUUGCUAAUUACACAGUUUACAUUAAAUUGAUAUCAU